AUGAUCUCAUCGCGUGGCAAGAUGGCGCCUUCAACUUUCAAAACCUCGCUCGUGUCAUUGACCGUCCACCUGCUGGGCGUUUCAGCCGGAACCUGUGAUUUCGACAGCUUCAAUGCCACCGUCGGUGGCCGUGUUCUGCCCCUGACACCCUUCUCCCUUCCCUGCUUCUCGAAUUACAAUGGCACUGCGGUGGCGGUUAACGAUGCCGCCUGUUCGAUUAUCCAAAGAAACUACAGCGAUCCGUACCUGCGCGCUAACUCUGCCAAUGGAUACAUGAACAAUCAGGUGGAGAUGUGUGCCUCGGACCCUCGUGACCAGUGCUUGCUCGACAGCUCUGAUCCGACUGAUCCGUUGGCCUUUACUAACACAGUCUGCCAGCAAGGUAACUUACCCUCGUAUUACCUCGAGGUGCAGCAGGCUAGCGACGCCGUUGAGGCCUUCAAGUUCGCCCACUGCUCAGGAACCCGUUUGUCGAUUAAGAACAGUGGUCAUGAUUACCUGGGCCGUAGCAGUGGGAAAGGAACUUUAGCACUCUGGACACGCAAUCUGCAGUCGAAAACAUACCAUGCCGACUUCAAACCUGAGGGCUGUGAUGCUUGCUCCGCGCCAGGAACACCAGUGCAAGCUAUCAGUAUUGGGGCCGGUGUCAACUUCAACGAGGUGUAUGCCUUUGCCAAUUCACAUGACGUCACAUUCUUGGGUGGCUAUGCGCCUACGGUGGGCGCCAGCGGUGGUUUCCUGCAAACCGCUGGCCAUAGUAUUUUGUCUCCCGUCUACGGGUUGGCUAUCGAUCGAGUGAUCCAAUUUAAGGUUGUGACACCGGAUGGCCAGUACCGUAUCGCCAACGAAUGCCAGAACCAGGAUCUUUUCUGGGCUCUCCGUGGCGGCGGUGGGGGUACUUUUGGUGUUGUAAUCGAGAGCACCCACCGAGUGGAACCUCAGUUGAGCUUCGUUGCUGCCAUUAUCAAAUUCACUUCCAACUCUAGCAAUCUGUUGCCCUUUAUGGAUAUCGUUGUCAACAACACCCUGAAGUGGGCUUCGGAAGGCUGGGGAGGUCACAUCAGUGGCAGCAGCCUCAUCAAUGUGACUCCCUUACUGUCUGUCGCUCAAGCGGAGGAGUCCCUUGCUGAUGUGAUCGCCUAUGCGAAAGCACAGGGUGGCUCGGCCACGGUUGAACAGUUCUCGUCCUGGUACACCUUCUACGAAAAGUAUGUCACCUCCAACGCGGUUAGCGUCGGUGUGACCCAUUUUGCGGGUAGUCGUCUGGUGCCCAAGGCUGUCUUCGAAACUGCCGAGGGCCGCAAGAACCUUAUGGAUUUCUUCUCCCUCAUCCAGUCUCACGGACAAAGCCCCUACAUCCCCAUCGUCGGCCCGGUGCUGUACAACUACACGGCGAACUCCACCUCUGCGACUCCCGCCUGGCGCUCGGCGGUUUGGGAGCUGGGCUCCGGCACUGCCUGGGCUUGGAACAGCACCCUGGAGACGCGCGAGCAGAAAAUUGCCGGCCUGCAGAACAUGACCGCUACCCUUGAGGAGAUUACCCCGGGUAGCGGUGCCUACAGCUGCGAGGCCAACCCAUUUACCGAAGAUUGGCAGGAAGCCUGGUGGGGCGAGAACUAUGAGCCUUUGUUGAACAUCAAGAACAAAUACGAUCCUAACCGGUUGUUGAACUGCUGGAAGUGUAUCGGAUGGGAGGAAUCCGAUGCAAAGAGCUCCUGCUUCUCGGCCUUUAGCUAGAGGCCUUGGAUAUGCUCUGUAUAUAAUCGUCUUUUCUCUGUGAGUGGACAUCUUUUUACAUAGUCUAGAACGGGACUAGGCUUGGUGCGCCUUUCAGCUUUAUAGGUGGUUGAUCUCAGUGAAGUGUGCACUAGCAGUGCAAUAGUAAUGUUUGCUUCAUUAUUUAUGAUGUCAAAAAACGUAUCUUCAGUUCUCCGUUUGUUUACCCUGUAUACAUAGCAACCAUUGCCAUACCGAACCCUUUUUUCCGGGUGCAGGCCGUGUCUCGCGCCAGUAUGAGCUCUUCCAUGCCUGGCUUAGUGGAGCAUGUUUCAUCUAAUAUCCUUGCCAAGCGUUCGUUGCUUUAUAGCACCUAUGCCGACUUCUCUAAUCCUGGUGUUUCGCCAAUUCUAAACACAUACUUCACUGCACUCGCUUUUCCAUCCCUCAAGUCCUUCAUCGCUCUCUCAACCCCCAACAAGCCAUCUUUUCUGACUUCAAAAGGAUGGCUCUCCAACUCCCCCGAUUGCAGUGCUCGGGUGAACCACCGACAGAACACGAAACACAGAUCCCGACAAUC